AGAGAGCUUUCAGUAUUUAGUUUUGAUUAAAGCCUUGCAUUUAAUUGCAUUUGGUAUCUGUUAUCUGCAUUUGUCAACAUGAAGACCAGAGUUGUGCCAAUGAAAGUCAAGGAAGCCGUUUUGAGGCUGAGAUAUAAGAAAACUGCCAGAAACAUUGACCAAACCUUAGGCUUACCAAAAUCAACAGUUUGAAACGUGAUUAAGAAGAAAGAGAGCACUGGUGAGCUCAGAAAUCACAAAGAGCCUGGUAGGCCACCAAAGACCUGUAUCGAUGAAUUCUCACCAUAAUGAAGAAAACACCACAAAGAGCUGUCCGACAAAUUUGAAACACCGCUCAGGAGGCAGGCCUAACCAUCAGCAGUCGAUUGACAGUCUGCCAUUACAUGUGAAACUGACAGUGAUUGUUUAUUGUAACUCUUCAGUUUGCGUUUUAUGAAUACAGGCCAUGUUUUCGUGCCACUUCUGGGUCUAGCUGUAUGUUGUGUCAAAGAAUCGGCGUUUGUCAGUGAAACAGGUUCACAAGAACCCAAGAGAAGGGCAUCUGGUAUGGAUGGUCCGCUCGCUGGUCACACAGUCCUGACUGAAUGGGUUCACGUGGAACUAGUCCUGCGUACCAGCUGGGUGUUGAGCUUGAAAAGAGGUUUUGGUGACAACCUUCUCUAAAAUGACACAAUGUACGCACAACGGUUGAGCGGUCAAAGACAGUGGCCGAUAUGGCCGUCCGAUCAGCAAACAGUAACGCAAAGACUCUUCUGUCCCUGAUUAGUGUACUCAUCUCAGCUGAUUUUACGGUCGCCAGCAGAUGUACAAACAUGUAGGACUGGGUGGUCCUGGCCGGUCAAAUGCAUAUUUAGCGCCCUGCUGCUGUUCACUGUGGUCGACUUCCUUCUGUUGCCACGUGCUUUUUUUUGUGGAUUUAGUCAAGUUCUCUUGGUAAAUGACCUUUUAUACCUUUGUAGUCCAGGGAAAUUCAGAACGUUAAAAAUGUCUGUCAUUGCGUUAACAUUCCAGGGUGAAAUUUAAACUGAAAUGGGGUGGCAGUGUUCCAUAAUGAUUUGGGAAUGACUCAAAAGGAUUGUGGAUGCUGCUGUUGUACCCUUGAGCAAGUUGCUUAACCUGAAUUGCUCCUGUAAAAUAUCUAGCUGUAUUAAAAAAGUACUCUAUGAAGGUUGCUCUGGGUAAGAGUGUCUGCUGUCCCUGAGCUAGGUGCAUGGUAGCUCAGACUCUGGCCAACGCUACUUACUUGACGCAGUGGCAGCUGAUUUUAAUCACCUGACUUAACCUCUCGAGGUAGGCAGAUGUAAAGACGGGGUGAAUUGAAAGACCAGCGCAGGAUAAAGUAACCCUAGUUGGGAACCAGCUUGCCUAUUGGGUGGGGAUCCAGGGGGAGACACAUUAGUUUAAAGUGUGGCGCAUGCUUGUGGUUGAGGGGGUUGGGGCCUUGAAGCCCAUUCAGUAAAGUUCCUUCUGGACAGUUCCACGGAAAUACUGCCUGUUCCUGCCUGGGGUGAGGAAUCGCUGAAAACUGGGGGAGGUAACAUGCUCGGUCCUCUGCAUACCAACUCAGAUGCCCUGAGGAUAGUCCAAAGGGGCAGCUCCUGGGGGGAUAAUUAGCAUUCCUUCCAGCCAGAGUACACAAGGCUAAUGGUCCUUUCCUAACGCAUCCAAUCUUGUCCUGCAUGUUCAGGAAGUAAUAUACACAUUUAAUGCUAUCAUUUUUUUUUUAAAUACAAGAGCCAUUUUUGUAUUAAAUCAUCUCUGUGUGAGCUGGGAAAACUUUAUUUUGAAAAGAUGAUCAUGUUUUCUUCUCUUCGCUUUUGCAGAGCUGAUGUUAAGAUCACUGCUUAUACUUUCUGCUCUACACUGUUCACUUCCUGCGAAUGUUCCACGAGUCACACCCUUCUGCUCUCUGAUUGGCUGAGUGGUUAAAAGAUCUUCACCAUCUGCCAAGACUCUGCAUGCCAGAGUCUACCUUUCACUUCAGUGCAAGAUGCAAGUCAAGGCCCAGCGCCUGCGUCACUAUCUUGACCAGAAGAUGGCUGGAACCAGAGACCAGGGCAACUGUAGCGGGGGACUGCAGUGGGUGUGACGCAGAGAGACCUGGAUACACUUGCUUUCUGACAACCGCCGCUUUCUGUCCUUACCAACAGAUAAAAACGGGAGGGAGAUUGUUUUUUCUUAUUUUGUGGCGUACCCUUGCAUUCUGGGAACCUUCUACUUCCUGCCCUGUCUCUAAGAACUUUAACGGGUAAAGGAGGAGGGCGGAUUAUCUUUUUUGGGGGGGACAUUCGGGAAGGUACGAGAUGCCCAUCCUGAAGCAGCUGGUGUCCGGAUCGUCCCAGUCCAAGCGGCGCUCGCGACUCGACCUCACCACCGAGAUGAUCAGCGCCCCGCUGGGCGACUUCCGCCACACCAUGCAUGUGGGGCGGGGGGGCGACACCUUCGGGGACACCUCCUUCCUCAGCAGCCGCUCCGGGGAGCCCCCGCGGGUCGGGGAGGGAGCGCCCCGCUCCCCCAGGCCGAGCCUGCUCUCCCGAACCUUCCGCACCAGCAAGCGCUCCCAGUCGGUCACGCGGGUGGACCGAUGCUCCAACCCGCUGGCGCCGCUGGCCGGCUCGCCGACCCUCGUGAAGAACGCCUUCUCCCUGCCGCACCUCAACGACGAGGGCGGGGAGAGGGGGCGGGAGAGCCGGGGGCGGGGAGGGGUGCCCAAAAGUCUCUCCUCCAGCCCCGUGAUGGAGCUUCCCUCCGAAGCGGAUGGGACUAACGGGACCGCGGCCCUGGACCCGGAGCAGGCGGAGCGGAGCUUCGGGGAGCUGACGGACCUGCCCGUCUCCAUGGCACCCCGCGGCUGUGGGGCCAUGAGGCGCACCGAGUCCGUCAUGUCCUUCCACGUGGACCUGGGCCCCUCCAUGCUGGGGGACAUCCUGGAUGUGAUGGAGAAAGAGGACGACGGCCUCGGGGGAGAGGAGGAAGGGACGCCCCCGCCACUCGAUGCCCAGGACGAGGGAGACGAGGAGGAGGACAACAAGGAGGAGGAUAAGGAAGAGGAAGAGGGAGAGGGAGACUCACAGGAGCCCACAGUCCAGCCUCCCAUAACUGAGAACGUGGAGAACCCCAUCAAAGGCCCCUGCACCCCAGAGACCCAGCCCACACACCCUGAGAACCACCAUCUGGACACCUGCUCCGUUUCCAGCUCAGCUUCCACACCCCUGGAGGAGAUACCACCCGAUCAGCCGCAAGGGGGAGAAACGGACUGCACCAAGUUCAGCCCAACACAGGGGGAGGAAGAGAGCUUCUCUUUCAUGGAGGAGGAGGAAGAUGAUGAAAUUAGAGUGUAAAAAAAAAAAAAAAAACAUAAACGACUAAGAUUGACAGAGCGUAUGAGAGAUACAGAGAAAGAGGGAGAAAGUAAGUGAUAAAGAGAAGAGAGAGACACUAGCGGGCCUACUGCUAGAUGAAUGUGCAGUUACCAGGAACGGCUGCUCCUUCUGGAGACGCAAGUGCACAGGUUUCUCUUACUGUUACCAUGGAGGCCUUGUGUCUGAAUUCUCACCCAGUCCUGUCUCUUCAGAGGCCUGCUACAUGUAGAAUUCAAGAAUUCCAGUGUAUCUCCAUUGAGGAGAGGCAUGUGUGACUGCAGACAGUAACCGCUAGAAUAACGACUCUUCAUUACAUUCACAUUGGUGCACUGAGAGCUGCAAUAAAUGGUUAUUACUUACACAUGGGCAUGGUGACAGCAAUCAUAAAGACUCAAUACAUACACAUGGACAUAGUGACAGCAGUCAUAAAGACUCAAUACAUACACAUGGGCAUAGUGACAGCUAUAAAGACUGACAGCAGUCGUAAAGACUCCUUACAUGUACACGGGUUCAGUACUGCUGUCUGUUCCGCACAGGAGAAGACGUUGCUGCUUCAAAACUGCGGUUCUGUUGGGUCUCUCUGCUCUGCCUACAGCUUCCAGUAUGGGCACCAGACCCAGAAUCAUCGUGGCAGUCACUAAAGAUUACGGAAAUGAAGGGCUCACGGCCGUAACUGCCUGUGACCGCGGCUGGCCCACUGCCGGAUCUGCGUGUGUGUCAGACAGCAGAGGAAGUGUGCCAGCGGUUUCAGAUAAACAGAAGCUGCCAGUCCAGCUGCUUCUUUUUAGUGUCUUUUUUUAAUGGUCAGACAGGAAGGUAUGCCUCUGUGUGCCAAAACCUCAUGAUGUUAUUGUGUGGUUAGAGUUACUUUCACACCAGCGUCCUUUCACCUUUUAUUUAACACUGAGGAUUUACUCCAGGUUCAGUGACACUGGGUUUUUCUGGCUGUCUGGGAACUGGGGCACCCCACAGUGGCCAGACACGGAAGCGUAGAGCAGAAAUGUGGAACGGGCUGCGAUUGGGAAAGAGCGCCCCCUACUGGUGUGCAGAGCGAUGAGGUGCACAGCCCUGUCCUUUUCGCCAAUGUAUUCUCCUCUGUAAACAGCACGCCUUCUAUCAUUGAGUGGGGGGUGUGGAGAAGUGAGGCCCAUGGCCCCGCUGUGGGGGGAUUUGG